GAUGUUGGAUGUGGAAUAGGUUAAAGUUUGUUAUGCAGUUUUGUGGAUAUUUCCUUUAAUUGUUUGGUUUUAUAUUUUACAAAUUCUCGCUAUUUUAUUUCUGAAAUGAAGGUCACAGUUACAACUUUAACUGAUUACAUUUUCGUGUUAGAUGUAUCAGAAGAUUUAGAAUUAGAGAAUUUCAAAGCGUUCUGUGAAAUAGAAUCUGGAUUUCCUGCAUCAGAAAUAAUUAUUGCUUUCAAUGGAAGACCUUUGAUGGAUAACAAAAUGUCUUUAAAAGACUUUGGUAUAAGGGAUGGAGAUGCAGUUAUUUUACAGCAUUUAUUAAGUUCUGGUACUCAAUCUCAAAGUAGUCUGGAGCAAGUUCCUGCUUUUGACUUCAGUGGGAUAGAAAUACCUGGAUCUUCGACUUCAAGAGGAGGUAAUUUCCAUCAAAGUGGAAGACCAUCAGAAGAUGAUCCUAAAUUGAUAAGAGAUAUGUUUCUUGCCAAUCCAGACCAACUAGCACUCUUGAAGCAGAACAAUCCAAGAUUGGCAGAAGCAUUGUUAAGUGGAAAUAUUGAAGCAUUUGCAGGUGUUCUUCGCGAACAAGUAGUAAAUAGGCAGGAGAGAGAACAACAAAGACUGAGAAUGAUUAAUGCUGAUCCUUUUGAUACAGAGGCCCAACGUCUCAUAGCCGAAGAAAUUAGACAGAAGAAUAUUGAGGCUAAUAUGGAAGCAGCUAUGGAGUAUAAUCCAGAAUCCUUCGGAACCGUGGUUAUGCUGUACAUCAACUGUCGAGUUAAUGGGUAUCCUGUUAAAGCAUUUAUAGACUCUGGUGCUCAAACCACAAUAAUGUCAAGCAGUUGUGCUGAGCGAUGUAAUAUUAUGAGAUUAGUAGAUACCAGAUGGGCAGGUAUUGCCAAAGGAGUCGGUAUUCAAAAAAUUAUAGGCAGAAUUCACAUGGUGCAAAUACAAAUAGAGAAUGACUAUUUAAUCACAAGUUUUUCCGUUUUGGAAGAACAGCCAAUGGAUAUGUUAUUGGGAUUAGAUAUGUUGAAAAGACAUCAGUGUUGUAUAGAUUUAAGGAAAAACGUACUCAGAAUUGGAACAACUGGUACAGAGACUCCAUUCCUUUCUGAAAGAGAACUUCCAGAAUGUGCCAGAUUGAGUUCGGCAUCAGAAGAAGAUGUUAUAGAGAGAUCAAGAAAAGAAGCUGAAGAAAAAGCUUUGAAAGAUGCUAUUCAAAACAGCAGACAAAGUGCUCAAAUAGCUAGUUCCAGUUCUAGUUCUCAACCAAUGAUAACCAGUACAACAUCGAACUCCUUUCAAAUAUCUGAGGGCGAUAAAUUCACUGAACAAAGUGUUCAAGAAAUCGUACAAGUAGGAUUCACCAGAGAGCAAGCGAUACUCGAACUCAGAAGGUUCAAUGGAGAUAAAACUCAAGCGAUGGCAGCUUUAUUUGCGAAGUCACUUAAAUUUUGAAAUAUAUUUAAGGGUUUUUAGUUAGAUGAAUCGAAUUUAUAUAAUUUGCUGACACUUAUCACUGGUAAUUUCAUAAAUUCUUAUAAGAAAUUUGUUUGAUUUUCGAUUCUUUUAAAUUUAACGGAAAUUUUUAAUAUGUAUUGGGUGAAUUCAUAAACAGAUCGAGAAUUACUUGAUUAAUAAUUGUCUUUUGACCACAUUUCAAUAAUGAUGAUUUUUGCUUACUUCUAAUUGGAAACAAUCUGGAUUUAUAGAAAACAGAGGAGAUUCAUAAAAACCUUUUGAAUAAAAUACUUUGUAUUGUCAAGAUAUUAUAAAAUCUAAUGAGUUCUAUUAUUUAUGACAAUACUUCAGGUAUUCUAAUUAUUAAUUUUUUUAUAUUUACUGAUAUUGACAACAACUAAUUCUAUUCGACACCAAAGAAAUAACAACCCUAAAUUUUUAAUUGAAGGUUACUCAAUUGAAUCUUCAACUUCUUACUUUCCAUCAGAAAAACUAUUAGCCCACAAAUUUUAUUGUUUUAUAAUAAAUAACCUGUCUUUUGUCAUUAUGAAUGCAGAUUUUUGUGUGAUGUGGUGGAGGUAAAGGUUAAAUGAGUUGUAUGUACUGAAUGAACAACCAGAUGGAAAUGUACACUAAAAAAAUUGAUUUUUCGCUUAUCUAUAGAAUUGGACUGUUCCAUUUGAAGGAUUAAAUACAUUUUUUUAAAUA